AACAGAAGAAAUAAUUUUGAGAAGAAAGCCAAAAAAGAGCCUCUCGUCACACCACUAACCCCAGAGUGGGGAAGAGAAUACAGAAGAAGAAGAAGAAGAAGAAGAAGAAGAAGAAGAUGGGUUUGAUAUCAGCGAAAGAGACGAAGCACAAUAACAACAACACUAGAGGAGCCAUGGGUUUGCUCUUAGUCUUCUUCCCUGACCACAACAACAACAACGACGACUCUCCUUCUUUUUCACCUUCUUCUUCUUCUUCUUCUCCGGCGGCAAUAACGACUCUCUUCCGCACCAGAUCUUCACGUCUUCUCCUCUCCAAAGCUCAAUCAACAAUCUCAAUCUGCAUCCUCCUCCUCUUCCUCACUCUCUUCCUCUUCACCCUCUCCACCUUCGAGCCUUCCUCUGGUUUUCCCUCCGUUUCUUCUCGUCCUCACCGUCGAUUCCUCCUCAACCGCGACAUCGUCGGAUCUCAACCCCUCCGUCGUCGUUACGAUCGAUUCGCUCUCCAAGGUAUGGGUACUCUGUUUCUGCGAGGCACCAGGAGCAUGCAAGGCUUAAUCGUAGCUCACCUCGCUUCCGACGCGACGGACGACGAUCUCCGUCUCUUCAUGCGGCUGCUCCACCGCUCCGGUGUCACUUCUAAAUCCGACGUCGUUUUGCUCUUCAAUUCGCCUUCCUCUGGUUCUAGAUUCGCCGGAUUUAUCGAAGAGGAGAACGACUCGUUCUUAAAACUCGUCGAUGUUCAUCGGAGCUCGAAUUCGUCGGAUCAAAUCGAUUCGGUUUGGGGAUUUAAUCUGACUAAAUUCAUGAAGAAGACGUCAUCAUCACCAGAGCCUAUCUGGGGGAAGAAGACUCACAGAGCUUCUUCAAACGAUUCGUCGUUGAUUAUUAUUAAUAAUAAUAACUCGACCGAGUCAAACGAGUUGACUCAUGGCUCUGUUGUGGGGUUCGACGUGACUGAGUUGGAUCCUGAAAACUCGCUAUCCGGGUUCAUGGACCACGUUCCGAUAAGUUUGAGGAGGUGGGCGUGUUACCCAAUGCUGCUUGGUCGAGUAAGACGCAAUUUCAAACACGUUAUGCUCGUCGACGCUAAAACCUCCUUGUUCCUCGGCGACCCGUUUACCCGGAUUCGUAACCGGAGCCCCGAGUCUGUCCUCUUUUUUUCCAAACACAGCAGCAAGAAAAGUUCUGAUGUUAACCCGGCGAUUCUGGUCGGCGGAGCCAAAGGGAUCAGGAGACUGUCGAGCUCGAUGCACACUGAGAUCGUGAGAGCGGCGAUGCAGCAGCAGCAGCACAAGAACAAGAAGAAGAGCUCUGUUACGACGGACUCGGUUGUGUUGAGUCAGCUCGUUGGGAAUGUUCACAUGGUUAAGAACUUUGAAGUGGUUGCGAGUGAGUCGGCGGUGCCGGAAGCGAGUUCGCUAGCUGAGUUGAGGACGAGAAACUCGGCGGCUUCGUCGAUAAAGAAUCAUGAUAUAAUACAACGCGGUAAUGGUAAUGGUAACAGUAAUCAUAUUACUGAUAUAAUUAUGAAACGUAUUUGUUCUUGUGAAUUAGAUUCUUCUGUUUAUAAUUACUGUUAGCAUUUAUUAAUACUUUUAAGAAAUUUACAAAAACAAAUUUUUGUACACAUUUGACAUUUGUUAUGUUCUUAGAUUUUUUGUUUUCCCCUUUUUUUUUUACAGAUGUUUUAUUAGUAUGUCCACGUUACGUUCUGUAUUCAUUAUUGAUUUGGUCUCCUUCGGAAAUAAUCAUUGAUCAAAUCAGGAGA